UCCCCCGCCCGCUAAGGCAGCGGCCGCGGUCGCUUUCCCGGACCCAGGCUGGUUAGAGGUGGCUAGAGAGGCUGGGGCGCGCCUGCCGCUUGCUUCUAGCGCCGCCCUGGUGGUGGGAGGAUUGGAGCCCAGGUUCCGUCCUACGUCACCUCCCAAAAGCCUCGAAAUAACGCUGGGGUCACCACCUCCAAGGAGGAACCUGGAGAGCAGCCGUGGUACCCUAGGAAAAUGUCUUUAGUUCUAGAACCACUAGUCUCCUAGCAACGGAACUAUAGAACCUCCGCAAACAUUUAGGGUGAUGGCAUCCACACCUGCCAGGAACAACGGAGAGAAAAAGGACAGCUGGCCAUCUCAAGCUGCAACCGCCUUAGGUGGAGGGCAGGUGAACAACCAUGGGAUGUGAGAGAAGGGAAGCUAGGCAGAAAGUCUCAUUAUCCCGGUCUGAAGAAUUCCUGAGCCAGAUCAGCGCAGAACUUACAGAUGAAGCACUAUUUAUUGCUCGCUCCCAGGUGAACUCUGCGCCCACCAAGGAAAUGCAGACAAAAGACCAAGGGACUCAGAUACCAUCUAAACACGUGAUCUUCACCAAGACCCGUGGCACAGACACCCGCUCUGACAGAAAUCGCAGCCGCACCAAGGCACACCUUCUGCCAUCUCCUCGUGAAAAGGGAGUGCUCCCCAAUAGCCUGACGACUGGAGGAUGAGUCCCACCCUCCCCAGUGCUGCUCUCUUGGCCUCGCCCUCCCCCACUUUGCCCCUCAGUGAAAGCCUCAAAGCCCCUCCUUUGCAACUGGCUAAACACCUCAUCUCGGGAGGAAUUCCUGCUCACCAGCAAUGCCACCUUUGAAACCAACCAAGUCCUCUGGACCAGCUGCAGGACUCUCCAUCUUCCACGGGCAGUCAUACUACUGAGGAGAAAAGGUUUUAAUAAAGAGCCAGGGACCCUUCCUUCCCCUCCAA